AUGGUAAAUGAUAAAUGGUUGGAGGUUAUGCCUCAGACCACUAUUGAGAAUUUAUCAUAUGUUGGUUCUGAUCAUACUCCCUUGUUGAUGGAAAUGAUUAGGGCUAAUGAGAGUCAUAUCAAAUACUUCAAAUUCAUACAUUUUUGGGUUGAAAAUGUCACCUUCAUGAAAACAGUUCAACAAUGUUGGGAAAAAGAAGUGUCUGGUAAUCCAAUGAGGAGAUUACAUCAAAAAAUAAAAAGAGUUUCAGCCACACUUAGUAUUUGGUCUAAACAAGAAUAUGGAGAUAUUUUUGCUAAGGUUAGGAAGUUUGAAGAUACUAUCAGGAAAUUCGAGGAGAAACUUAUGACUAACAACACUGAAACUUUCAGACAUAUAUUACAGCAGAGAAAUGCAACUUACAUUAGGUAUUUGAAAAUGGAGGAAUGUGAGGAACAAAUAGCUCAAGCAGCCUGUGAUUAUUAUCAGCAAAUAUUCACUGGGCAGAAUGAUAGAAUAGAUGAAAGAAUACUUCAGUAUAUCCCAACAAUUGUCAUUGCUGAACAAAAUGAAACGAUGCAAGCAAUGCCUACUUUGGAGGAACUCAGACAAGUUAUGUUUACUAUGAAUACAAAUUCAGCAGCAGGUCCUGAUGGUAUAGGGGGUAAAUUUUAUCAAGCAUGUUGGAGUAUCAUUAAAGAAGACUUUCUGGCAGCUGUACAAUCUUUCUUUUGUGGUAACAAUAUGCCUAAGUUCAUGACUCAUGCAUGUUUGGUUUUGCUUCCUAAAAAUGAGCAGCCUAUCAGAUUCAGAGAUCUUCGACCUAUCAGCCUUAGUAAUUUUACUAAUAAGAUAAUUUCCAAAUUAUUGAGCAUGAGACUGGCUACUGUUUUGCCUUUAUUAAUUUCAGAUAAUCAGUCAGGCUUUGUUCGAGGUAGAAGCAUUACAGAAAGUAUAAUGCUUGCUCAGGAGAUCACUCAUGGUAUUAAAAAACCUCAGAUUGGAAAUAAUGUUGUUAUCAAACUUGAUAUGGCCAAGGCAUAUGAUAGAGUGUCUUGGUCAUUCAUAUGUUUGGCAGUAAGGAGAUUUGGUUUUGGGGAGUUACUUAUUGAUUUAGUAUGGAGAAUUAUGAGUAACAAUUGGUAUUCUAUUAUCAUCAAUAGUCAUAGACAUGGCUUCUUUCACUCUACUAGAGGACUUAAGCAAGGUGACCCAUUGUCCCCUGCACUAUUUAUUUUAGGAGCGGAGGUCUUAUCAAGAUUGCUUAAUUCUUUGCAUCAGAUUCCAAGCUAUAAAGGCUUCUUUUUGGAACCUAAAGGACCUCAGAUCAAUCACCUAAGUUUUGCAGAUGAUGUUAUUAUUUUUGCUGCUAUUGACAGACAUUCUUUGAAGGUCAUAAUGGACAGGUUAGGGGAGUAUGAACAUACUUCUGGCCAGCUUAUUAAUGGAGAGAAGAGCCAUUUUAUGAUCCCUGACAAUACUCAUCUGGAUAUUAUCAAGACCAUUCAGGAAUUUGUGGGAUGGCAGGCUAGAGUGCUUAGUUUUGGGGGCAGAAUUACAUUGAUCAAGCAUGCUUUGCAAUCUGUACCUCUACAUACUAUGGCUGCAAUUUCUCCUCCCAACACUACUAUUAAAUACAUUGAUGCCAUUAUUGCUGAAUUUUUCUGGGGUAAGGAUUUGGAUAAAAGGAAAUAUCAUUGGGUCUCUCUAGAUACUAUGUGUUUACCAUAUAAUGAAGGAGGGUUAGGGAUCAAAAGAUUAACUGAUAUUUGUACAUCCUUACAAUACAAACAAUGGUGGAGUUUCAGGUCUAAAGUAUCCUUAUGGAGUCAAUUUCUUAAAUCCAAGUAUUGUCAAAGAGCUCAUCCAGUUGUUAAAAAGGUUGAUACUGGACAGUCUUUGAUGUGGAAAUACAUGAUGAAGCACAAGAUUAAAGUCGAAGAGUAUAUUGGUUGGCAAAUCAACUCGGGUAACUACUCAUUUUGGUGGGAUGAUUGGCUAGAAUGGGGUGCCAUUGCUAAUUAUACCUCUGUUGUAUCAAGCCUAAAUAAUGCUACUAUUGCACAUUUUCUCAUAGAUGGAAAAUGGAAUGUAAGAAAGCUGAGGCACCAGUUGCCUGUGAGAUGGCUAAAAGUGGUGGACUGCAUUGCAAAAUGCAAUCAGGAAAUACGAAUUACAUUAGUUAUGUGGAAGACCCCUCCUAUUAAUAAAUAUAAGUUGAAUACAGAUGGUAGUGCUUUACACAAUCCCGGGAAAAUUGGAGGAGGAGGCAUUCUUAGAGAUGAUCAAGGAGUUAUCAUAUAUGCCUUUGUUGUACCUUUUGGUGAAGGAACUAAUAAUCAAGCUGAGAUGCAGGCUGCAUGUUAUGGAUUAAAUUGCAUGGCUGGUGCACCGCCAGAUGAGAGAUUCAAGCCACCGGAUCCAGCUACAGGGAUGAACAAGCAAAAUAUGCAUCCACCCAUACAAGAAUCGUCAUCAGACUCAUCCUACAACUCCUCACAGGUGAGAGAAGAGACGAUCCACACUGCUAUAGCGGAAAAGAAAUUGGAUGGGACUCGUACAAAUAUUUCCACGGAAGAUUCGAGUCAGUUUCAUGGACAUCUUCCCGAAGUUUCAAGCACUUUUCAUAGAGGAAUCAUCGGAAGAGAAGCUUCAGGCAAUUCUGCAGCAAUUCCGAUGAUGAAUUCUGGAAAAUUACCACAAAAUGAGGAACUCCGGCUUUCUCAAAAUCCACAUAGAGAAGGAAAACAACAUUUUCAAGAAUUGGGUCAAUCUAGCAUUUCUCAUGUGGAAGAUUUCAUCAAGAAAUAG